ACAGGCUAAGAUAAGCUUCUGAGAGCAGAAUGUUGCCAGAAUGAUAUAUAAGCCUGAAAGUCUUCAAGAACCUUUCUUGUUCCCUCCAGUCCAACUUCUUCCUUUCCCCUCAAAUUUCAUCUGGUGCAAUCUGGGGGUGAUUGCAGAUCAAUGGUGAUCUCUAUUUACCAGCAAGAAAUAAUCCCGUCAUUCAGAUCCCAAACCAAUGUCCUGAAAUGGUCAUUACUGAGUAAUGCUGGCUACCUACCCAAGAAUCUGUCUAUGGAGCAGAAAACAACCUGCCUGGUCGACACUCCUAGGAACUGAAGUUUGACUGGGAUUCUUUAUAAGAACAAAAAGAUCUCGUUUGUUCCAUCAAGUGCUCUUUGGGAUGAUACGGUCUGAAGAGUGAAUGAGCUUUUUGAGCAGUUCCCAGUAAAAAAAAAAAAACACCUGUCUAAACUGACAAUUACUCAGUUACACUGGCAUCCCCAUCCUCCCAAGAAGCUGUCUGCAGAGAGAAAAGCAAGUGGUUGGAGGAAAACUCAAGACUGGACAGGAUUCUUGACUGUAUGAUGAGGAGAAUGGAUGGUUUCUAGAUAAUGGUACUGUCCUCAACCAGCAGACUUACUAUGGAGUUCAUACCAGAUGCCCUGAGCCCUAUGAAUGGGUCUUUUUCAAAUUCACAAUCAGCUGAAAUUAUCUCAACUUAUGUCUCUCUGCUCAUCACCCUGUUGGGUACAGCUGGCAAUGGAUUUGUCAUCUGGUUUCUCAUCUUCCAUUUCAACAAGAACCCUUUCACUGUUUAUAUCCUUCACCUCUCAAUUGCUGACUUGACUUUCCUUCUUUGUACAUUUACUAUUGAUACAGGAAAAAUAAUUUGCUACUAUUUAAAUAUUCAAUCAUUUGAGCUGCAGUUAUUUCUGACUAUUUUUUAUAUUUUGAUUUUGUUUGGCUACAACACUGGCUUUUACCUCCUGACAGCCAUCAGUGUAGAAAGGUGUCUGUCGGUCCUUUACCCAAUUUGGUACAAAUUCCAACGUCUGAAGCACCAAUCUGCAACUGUCUGUACCUUGCUGUGGAUACUCUCUGUUUUUGUGAGCAACUUAGAAUGUUUUGUUUGUAUUUGGUCAGAAAAGUCCAGAUUGCCUUUUAGAAUUUGCACUGUUGUGGAAAUAUAUUUGCUUAUCUUGAACUUCCUCGUGUUUGCCCCUCUCAUGGUUUUCUCAAACUUGAUCCUCUUUUUCAAGGUCUUCUGCAACCUGAAACACCACCAACCAGCCAAGCUUUAUAUCAUCAUCAUCACCACAGUUAUUCUAUUCCUUCUCUUUGCUAUGCCUUUAAGAGUCUUGGUGAUGAUGUAUAACUUUGAAGAAGAAAACUAUGAAACUCUGGGAUUUUUAUAUCCAUAUUUGAAUAUAUUAUCUGUUAUCAGUAGUACUGUCAACCCAAUUGUCUACUUGGUGGUUGGUGGACUCGGGAGACGGAAGACUAGGAACUCUCUGAAAGACACACUGCGAAAGGUAUUUGAGGAUAAGCCACAUUCAAGAGUGGGAUCAUAGAUCAAAAAUUCACACACAAAUUCAGUGUCCCUCGCUGGAAACAAAACCUAUUCCAUAUCAAAUUAAGAUUACCUAGAAAGUAUAUUCUGAUCAGGGUAAGAAAAGAUUGCUGCCUAUAUGAAUAAUCAACUUAUAAAAUUCUUUUUGCAUUUUCUAGGGAAGGUAUUGUAAACAUACACACAAAUAUAUACUAUAUAUACAUAUACAUACUCUCCUUAAACCAUUCCACCUCCUCUAAUCUGAGUCUCCAUCCUAGACAAUGGGAAAUAGUUUUGAUUAUUUUUAAAAGAUUUGCCCUGGAAACCCUCCUCUAUCUCUUAUUUCUGACUAGUUGUUAUUUCCUUGUAGGCGAAGUCUGACUUUUUUGUCUUUUUAAUCCUCACUUUUUUUUCUUUUGAUCUCAUUCAUUUCCAUAGGCUCCAUUAUCAUACAGCAGCAGCAGAUUCUCAAAUUUAUAUAUCUAGCCUUCAUCUAUCUUCUGACUUCAAGUCCCAUGUCACCAAUUGUCACCUAGACAUCUCAAAUUUAACACUGCCAACACAGAACUUGCUGUCUUUCCUUGUAGAUUUUUUUGCCUCUCAAUUUCUGUGGAUAUCAGCAUUCAAAUCACCCAGAUUCAAGUCACCCAUCCUUGAAGAGAGCCUUUCCUCAGCCUUCUUCCAGCUUCUUUCUCCUCCUCUCAUAAAAAAGCAAUGUGAUAUACCUGAUAGGCCACUGGACUUGCACUUAGGAGGCAAUGGAUUCAAAUCUCACCUCAGACACUUAAGAAAUCCUGGACAAGUCACUUAACUUGUCUGUCUUUAUCUACAAAAAUACAGCAUUGGACUUAAUGGCCCAUAAGGACCCUUAAUUCUAAACCUAUGAUCCUAUGACUUUAAGUCUUCAUUUUUCCCUUGCCCUCAAGUUGAAUGUGAUCAACCCCCUUAAUCAUCUUCCUAUCCACUGAGAUGGCAAAUAUCAAUUUUAUUUCUACACUAUCUCUUGUAUGCAUCCUGUUCUUUCUACUCAUAUAUUCUCAACACAAUUCAGACCUUCUUACCUAGACUAUACAGUAGCCUCCUAACUAAUUACUCUUCCUGCUUUUAAUUUGUCCAAUUUGUCCUCCACAAGGUGGCCAAUUGAUGGUGCUAAAGUACAGAUCUGAUUAUGUUACUCAGGCUGUUAUAGUGGCUUCCUGUUGUCUCUAAGAAAAUAAAUCCUCCUCCUUGACAUUCGAAGCUCAUUAAAAGUGUUUCCAGUCUUUCCAAAUUAAUUUCAAAAUGCACUCCCCUUCUCCACACACCUCUAUUUUCUAGGCAAUCUAGUCAAUUUGCUAUUUCCCAUAUAAGAUAUUUCCUUUCCCACCUUAAUGCCUUUGCAUAUGCUCUUCCUAUAGAAUCUCCCCUCCCUCUCAUGAAGGCCCAAACCUCCUUCCAGGUUUAGCUUAAUUGCUGCCUCUGGUAUGAAAGGUAUUCUGAAGCCCCUUCACCUAAGUCAGUAGUAUUUUCAUUCUGCUCAUAAAAGUGACUUUUAUAUAUUGUGUAUUUCAUUACCUGUGUUCAUGAUGUUCAGAAUGUAAGUGCUUUGAGAACAGGAAUUGCUUCAAUUUUGUCUUUUUAUCUCAUAUAUUUAUCACAGCAGCUAGCAAGGAUUGGUGUCUUUUGAUAAAUGUCUUACAAAAGAAAAUUACUGAAUUUUGUUUUUUGCUGCAA